ACAAGGAGGCGCGCGGGCACAUCGCAGCCGUGCGAGGAGUUCCUGCGGGUGCCGGCGCCGGCGCUGCAGGGCGACGCCCGCCGGGAUGGGAGAGGAACCCACCUUGCCGUCAGAUCUGGGGCCACGCCACCGGCGGCGGCUGUGGCGGCGCUCGAUGCCGAAACCCUACGAGACGAGAGGGAGGAGCUCGGGUGGAAAACGUAGCGAGGGCCGAGCCGCGUCCGCGCUGCGCUCCAUUUUCCGCGGUUGAGCCCGACGCGGGGCUGACUGGCGUGACGCGCGCGAGACGCACCGCCGCAGCCGUCCCUGAGGACGACUCACGUCUCUUCGAGUUCGACCGACGGGCCGGCGGACGAGCGGAGGGGCGAAGCAAGACCGGGAGAAGGACGAGCCGCCGUCCGUGGACGCCUGGACGGAGGAGGCAGCGGGCGGCGCGGCGGCGGCCGUACGUUGGUACGUCCACGCCAAAGUGUGCAAAGGCAAGGCCAAUGCCAAAAAUGAGACGUGCCGAAUGCAAUUUGCAUUUUUUUAACAUGGCAAAUUUGAUAUGAAAUUAUCUGCUGUUUGUUUUCUUAUAUGCCUUGGUGAAUCGCAUGUGUAUUAGCUACUUCAAUCUUGGAUCUCAAUUUGUACAUCUUUGCUGGCUGGCUGGGGAACGAAUGAAUGACAUGUCGUCAAUUUGGUUCAUCAUUUUCGAUCCAAUCGUCGCCAACAGAUAUCUGCCACCUCACUUCAAUAUUUGCCUCGUGAUGCUUUCCAGGAACUGCCCCAAGGCGUACCACCUGCGCUGUUUGGACAAAAAGCAUGGCUUUCUUACUACUCCCGACGAUCAGUUUGUAUGUGAUUGGCACAUAUGUUUCAACUGCAGACAGAGUUCACAUAUUCGGUGUCUGUGCUGUCCGAUAUCGGUUUGCCAUGACUGCCUUGGCAAAGUUGGAUUUCUCGACUUGAGAAUGCAGCAAAAAGGAUUUUGUACCAGCUGCUUGAACAAGGCUAUCUUCAUUGAGAAGAAUGCUGAUCCUGAUUCUCGUUGGGUACAGAGAGAUUUCAGCAAUGCAGAGAUCUACGAUAUUUUGUUUAAAGACUACUGGGAAGAUGUUAAAGACAGAGAACAUUUGAAAUUGGUUUACCUAGAAGAAGCUCAUGUUAUUCUUAUUAGAAAGCUUGACUGUAAUAGAGCAAAUUCGGAGAAAUUUCCAAAUGAAGGUCACAAGUCAGAUGCAAAUAUUUUUGCUGAAAAUGCUCCCAUUGAGAAAACAAUACCUUUUGACUCUAAUAGAAAACAGAAUAAAGUGAACAGAUCACUGAAGAAAAAGAACAAGUCAAAUAAGAAAACAUAUAUUGGUUGGGGUUCCGAAGAGCUAAUCGAUUUCUUGUCAGGUUUUGGAAAGGACACGUCAAAAUCUCUUUAUGAAGCUGAAAUUGUUGGAAUAAUAAUGGGGCACGUCAAAAAGGAAAAAUUGUUCAACGAUAAUAAGAAAAAUUCUUUCUCGUGUGAUAGUAAGUUGUACCCUUUGUUUCGGAGAAAAAAAGUGAGGUGCAAACGUAUCCGUAGGUUUCUAGCAAACCAUCUGGCUGCAAAUGUUAUUUCAGAAGAUGAAAAUUCUGAUGGUUCUGAAGACGAUGAUGUUCCAAUUACGAAAAAGAAACCUCGCUUUGAUGGUUCUGAAGAUGAUGAUGUUCCAAUUAUGAAAAAGAAACCUCGGAAUGCUGUGGAGUUGAAGAUUUCUAAGAGGGUUUCAGAAAAAAACAACAGAUGUUUUGCCUCUCUUAACGAGAAUAACAUAAAGCUUAUUUAUCUGAGAAGAUCUUUAGUUAUUAAUCUUUUGAAUCAUCUAGACACAUUUGAUCAGAAAGUUGUUGGCUGUUUCGUUAGAGUCAAGAAUGCCCCCAGGGUUCACAUGUACGAAAAGCCUAAAAUGCCAUACCAACUUGGGUUAGUGACAGGCAUUAAGAAAUCUUCAGAAGAAUACAGGAUAAAUGACACAUGUACCAAUAUUCUCUUAUGUGUUACUGGUUUGUGGGAUGAUGUCAGGAUCUCAAUGCUCUCAGACGAGGACUUUCUGGAGGUAUGA